CUACUUGCAUUACAUUUUUGUCCCUCUGUGAUCGCCGUAGCUAGCUGUUAAGGUAAACAUCAUUUGCUAUGGCUUCUGCGGAAUCGCAACCUCGAUUUGGUCAAUCUGUGAAAGGUUUGUUAUCGGAUAAAGUAGGUUCCUGUAGCGGGGAUGUAAUUGCACUGACCCGCCAAGUUCUCAAGGGAUCCCGUAGCCAAGAGCUGCUUGGCCAAGCCGCCAGAAAUAUGGUAAUUCAGGAGGAUGCUAUUCUGCACUCAGAGGAUAGUCUGAGAAAAAUGUCCAUCAUCACUACACAUUUGCAAUAUCAACAAGAGGCCAUUCAGAAAAAUGUGGAACAUUCCAAAAACCUUCAAGACCAACUGAGACACUUGCUGAAGUGAUGAGCUACUUAUGUGAACAAGAGCAGCAUUUGUCUCUGGAGUUGGAAGAAUCUCCAUAAACACUGAUUACUAUUCAGCAACAUUUUUUGAACUGCCUGUUGAAUUGUGGUGGAAUAAGAUAGUAUGAGAAGGAUGAAUGUAUGUGCUGCUCGGGUGUACAGAGUUGCCUAGAGGCCUGAACCACAACAAACUGUUUAUACAAUGGACAUCUGAACGUUUACAUUUAGCAAACGCUCUUAUCCAGAGCGACUUACAGUAAGUACAGGGACAUUCCCCCCGAGGCAAAUAGGGUGAAGUACCUUGCCCAAGGACACAACAUCAUUAUGUAUGGCCGGGAAUAGAACCGGAAACCUUCUGAUUACUAGCCCGAUUCCCUAACCGCUCAGCCACCUGACUCACCAAGACUGCAUUGGAAAAUUGUCCAGAAAACUAUGGAAAGAAAAACAUGUUUAUUUUAAUUUAUUCAAGUGUCACUGCAGGUUUCAGUAAGUCAAAUUUAAGACCUUUUAAAGAAAUUUUAAGACCAUAAAGAUUGAAAUUUCAAACCUACAGGACGCAUUAACAAAAGAAUAUUCAAGUCAAAGAAAUUCUGUAAAAAUAUUUUUAUUUCAAUGAAUGCAGCCAUUGAAAAAGCAUGAAUUUAAUUUACAGAUAAAGCGAUCACAUUAGUAAUCAAAUUUAAUUUAAUUCAGCACUAAGUGCUAAGGGUGGGGGGGUAAUUGAUUCACAUGAAUCGUGAUUCAGUCUUCUAGCGGUUCACAUCGAUUGACAAUUUAUUUUUAUGUAAGCAUAUAUUGAAUCGCAAUUUGAUAAAAAAUGUAAUGACACCCCUCCCACCCCUAAUAGCCGGUAAGCUGUACAUUUCUGUUUAAUAUUUAACAGUGUUGCAGAAAUAAAUAAGUCUAUUCAAGAGAAGUCUACUUAUCGUCACUGUAUUUUGUAAACAAGUUCUUAGAAAUCCUUCGGCAAACUUUGAACACACAACCCCUCACACAGUAGCCCACAUCGUUAACCACUGAGCUAUCAGGGAUCAUAACAAUUGCCACUCAACAUUUAAAUUUGACAUUGAACUAUGUAGUUGUAACAACCUGCAGAGUUGGGGUGUCAGAAAACCAGAAGCAAGCAGGGCUCACCUGUUAGCUCACUGGGUUAGUGUGCAUGCUCUUUCAGAUAUGCUGGGGCAGUACUGCAACAGCAUGGGUUCAAAUCCCAAUUUUUUAUUGUUUAUUUUCACUUAAAAGUUACAUUGUGGUCAUGUGAGAUGUGGGACUUCACCUUCACAUACUUACAACUUUUACUUGGACACUUGUGGCUGAAUGUUACAACGGAUAUGAUUAUCUUAUGACAUCCUGGAACUGUUUGGCCUGAUGUUUAACUUGUUACAGAGACUACAAAAAAAACAAGAAAUUAUUCUAUUGCAUCAAAAGAACUUUUAGGCGUGAGAUGACGUGAAUGCCAAAAUUGGCAGCUGUGGAAGAGCUACAGAGGGUGUACAAAAGCAUGAUUGGAAUCAUUGCUACUUUGAGAGACCUAGAAGCUUGGAAGCAAGCACGUCCCUCUGUAUAUGAAUUAAAGGAGGACUCAAUAAAAUGGUAUUUGCUCCUCUGA